UUAGUUUUGAAAUAAUUUUGGAACCCUGUCUUGUGAUCGGCCGGUGUGAUUAUGAUAAAACAAUGGUGAAAGAAACAGAAUUGAAUGAUAAAGAUUUACGGGAGGAAUUAUCCAAAUAUGGGGUCGCUGUCGGACCAAUACUCCCCACCACUAGGGGCGUAUAUGUGAAAAAAUUACAAAAACUUAAAACUGAAAAUAAAUGCCCGGGUUACCAGAAGUCCACGAAUGGAAAUCAUUCAGAUUCGUCGACAAAAUCAAAUAGAAAAUUGAAACAAACCAAAAUCGCAAGAAAAACUUUCGGGUUCAGUUCAGAUGAAAGCGACAAUGAAGAAAAAUUGAACAAAGGGAGGUCUUACAUCACAAGAAAGACGAGAAGGUCAUCACCUGUCAAUCAAACUCCACCUGUCAAUCAAACAAGUUCAAAAGAGACAAAGAAACCGAUUCAUAGGAAAGUAGAAGGACUCGCUGAACCACGUCGUAGUCGUCGAAGUGUGACACCCGUGUCACAAGCAUCGGUUGCUAACGGUUACUCGGAUGAUUCAGAUGAAGAAAAAUGGGAGGAAGUGACGUCAGUUGACAUCAGCACGUCACCAUACCUUCACCACUCCCCACGGUCGUCAUUGACCCCUCGACGACCUCUGAUGCCACAAAGGAGCAUUAUGACAUCAUCGAGACUUAGCCACAGUAGCAAAAUAGAGACGCCAUUGUCGGCGGUAACAAGGAACGGAGGAAAAUCGCUGCGGAAGCGAAAAUUUGAUUCAACGAAAGAUGACGAUAAUGAUGAGUCAGCAUCGCAUGAAUAUGAUGACUCAGCAGAUGAAGUUGUUGCUUCCGCCGAAAACUUUGAGCCGAAAAACUCUGAAAGAAACUUUUUCUCUUCUUUUAAAUCGUUAUUUUCGUCACGAAAGCCUGGUCAGUUUGCCAACUCUGAGGUUGGUUUGCAAAACUCAUGGAGGUUGCAUUGUUCAGUGCUCCUACCUAUAGGAACAGUGGUGUUCUUCAUUAUACUUGGGUUGCUGUACAUUACAAUGAGGUCGGAUAGCUUGGUGCAUUCCGAAAGAUUGAUUGACAUUUCGGAAACUUUAAAAAUAGACUCACCAAAACCAAUGGCAAUAGUCAACUCUAUGUACGAUAUACUUUCAAAAGCAGCAGGAGAUAAGAUUUGUAAUUACACGGAAGCUUCAGAUGUGCUUAGUUUUAAUAAACUAAAGAAAACUGUCCAGGCAAAUGAAGGCGAUUUUAUGGAAGCGUUAAAGUUGAUCAAGUUGAACCCACAGUGGGAGUUUGUGAUGUGGAAAGAUAGGAAGCAAUUGUUGGGGAAAGAUGACAAUGUCAAGGACGUUCGUUACUUGUCAUCGCUUCGACCCUUCAUCCCCACCUUGUGUCGAUUCUGGCGAGCCGUGGAGAAAGUUUUAUUUCGUGUAACAAUGGUGGUGCUUGCCAUGAUCAUCAUAUGGCUGUCAAUCAUCUACCAACAAUAUCGGGCACGUAAGUUAAACGAGGAGAAGCAACUUAUGUUCGAUCUUGUGGAAAAAAUAUUAGAUGUUCUUAAGAAACAUUAUGAAACCAGUUGUACAGAUGGCGAUAUACAACCUUUCCUGCCAAUACUACAUGCAAGGGAUAUGAUAAUACAACCUCAGGACAGUCCCCCAGCAAGAAGCAACAAACCCCCGGCAGGGUAUGGCAAGGUGAAGCGUUUGACACAAACAGAUCAAUCAACACACCAAGUAUAAGUCCUACACCAUGUUUGAAGAUCAGAAGCAUGUUUGACCCAGAUGUAGAGAAAGCUGGUGAAUGGCAGAUACAGAUCCAGGAUUCGAUUCUUGAGAAAUGUGUCGGAAAUAAUGGAAUUGUUUGUAUAGUGGUGGAGAAGGCUUCUAAUGAGGGUCUUGUUUACGUGAAAUGCCUCACGAACGCAGCAGCUGGUCAAGUGUUUCGUUCGCUCCAUGGUUCGUGGUUCGAUGGCCGCCUCGUCACCGUUAAGUUUAUCUCGCUUAACCGAUUCCAUUCUCAUUACCCGAGCACAGUGAACCUCACGACCCCCUUAACCCCAUCCUCAUCUAAACCCACUUCCACCUUCCUACCCCAAACCCCUGGCUUUUCCACCUCAACCCCACUAAAGGCUUCCUAAUUAGGGGGAAAAAUCCCUAACUUUAAGGGUAGUAACCAUGAACUAUGGGUAUAAACACCCCGAAAUUUUGGGUCGAAAGCCUAAAAAUCUGGGUCAACGCCCCUAAAUUAAGGGCUAAGACCUCCUAAAUGAAAACUUGAAGCAUAUUUUUACAUUUUUAAACGUUAGGGAAUCUAUUAACGACAGAGUUGCUUAUUUCACGUAACUCGCGCCCUAAACGUUAAACUUGCCUCUUUACCGCCACCACUUGGUUGUAUAAAGGUGUACGUAUGUGCCGCUAGAUGUCGCACUUAAGCAAUAACAUUAUAACAACUUUGCUUGCUCGAAACUAAACUUUAAUUAUUUCCUUGAUUUGCUGGUGACCCCUGUUUAACCCAGGGAAUUCCCCUUUUUACCCCUAGCAGACAUCACCCAUAUACCAAAGAUUUUGCAGAAUUUCCCUAUUUCAUAUUGGGGUAAUCCCCAGUAAAUACUGAUCACCUCCAACUAGGAAUUCCCCUUUCAUCACCACAUGGGAAUUCCCCGUUAUUGAUACAUUGCGGUACUUUUUGUAAAAGUUAACGAAAAAUUCAUUUCAUUUUUUGGGGCCUUUUUAUUUGUUUUGUUUCGGCAAUGAACCAAAAAGUUACAAUGUUUCUAAUUCUCAAAAAUUCUCGCUGUUAUUUUCUUGUAAUAGUAAGUCCAUCUUUAACUGGCUUCGUUGCUGCCAAAUUCUUGCUUCAUAAAUUGAAAAUAAACUCGCAGAUAUUCAAUCCUGAA